GAGGAGCUCAGCAGCAUGAGCGCGAGCUGUGCGCACCUGUCCGCGCGGGCCUCUCCUCUGCGGGAGAUCAGCAGGUGAGUCUGUCAGCAGACACCAUGGAGCAGCCCUGGACCUCCAACUCCAGCUGGAACCGGUCCGACCCGGGCCAGCAGCGCCUCGCCGGCCUGUCCGACCUGUCCGACCUGUCCGACCUGUCCGUGCCGGCGGACGGCUCCCCGGCGCUGCGCAUCCUGGUGUCCUGCGUGUACUCGGUGGUGUGCGCCGCCGGGCUGCUGGGGAACCUGCUGGUGUUCCUCCUCAUGAGGCAGCGCCGCGGACGCACCCGGCGCUCCAGCAUCAACCUGUUCAUCCUCAACCUGGCCGUCACGGACUUCCAGUUCGUGCUCACGCUGCCGUUCUGGGCGGUGGACACGGCGCUGGACUUCAGCUGGCCGUUCGGAGACGCCAUGUGUAAGAUCAUCCUGUCCGUCACCGUCAUGAACAUGUACGCCAGCGUGUUCUUCCUCACGGCCAUGAGCGUGACGCGCUACUGGGCCGUGGCCUCGGCGCUGCAGGCCCGGCCCCGCAGGAGGCUGGUGCCGGUGCGGUGGGUCAUCGCCGGGCUGUGGGUCAGCGCCACGGCCGCCACGCUGCCCACAGUCCUGUUCUCCACGGUGCGCAGCGUGGCCGGGGAGCGGCUGUGUCUGCUGGGCUUCCCGGACGGGCAGGCGUGGCUCGGCCUGUACCACCUGCAGAAGAUCCUGCUGGCCUUCGUGCUGCCCAUGCUGACGGUCAGCGCCUGCUACCUGCUGCUGCUGCUGCGGCGGCACAGCAUGAGCGGCGGCAGCAUGAGCAGCGGACAGGUGAGCAGCGGACAGGUGAGCAGCGGACAGGUGAGGCGCAGGUCCCGGGUCACCCGCUCCGUCACCAUCGUGGUCCUCUCCUUCUUCAUCUGCUGGAUGCCCAACCACGCCAUCACCCUGUGGGGGGUGCUGGUGAAGUUCAACGUGGUGAACUGGGACAGGACGUACUACAUGGUGCACACCUACGUGCACCCGGUGACCGUGUGCCUGGCGCACACCAACAGCUGCCUGAACCCGGUGCUGUACUGCCUCAUGCGCCGCGAGUUCCGCCAGAAGAUGAAGGACCUGUUCUGGAGGAUCUCCUCCCCCGGCCGCUCCGCCGGCUGCCACCUGCGUCCGUUCUCCGGGACGGUGAGAGCCGAGCCGGACGACACGCAGGUGGUCAUCCCGCUGAACACCGUGGAGACGGACAACUGCAGACUGUCGGUGCUGCUGACGGACCAGUGCGACACGGACGCGCUGCAGAAGUGAAG